GCUUAUGACUUAGUCCGCAAGAUGGGAAUCCAGAGAACUUCUGAGAAUUUCGUUGUCAACAUGGAAAGCUUGUCGAACAUCGCCAUGAAAGAGAGUGCUAAGAGCUCCUGGAUCAUGACAGGGGCCACAAGGAAGAGCUUUAAGUGUGGAGCUGAGAAGAAGACUAAUGCUAGUGCUAAUGCCAAUGCUCAUGAUCAUAAGACCGAUGCAGAAAAAGCAGAAGAGGCUAUCAUUAUUAGCACACCGGAAAGACCAAACAUGGAGGCCGGAGGGAUGACAGCCGAGCAUUCUAACGACACACGAGCAAAUAAUCAGAAUACUAUCACCACCACCAUCUCCGGUGUCGUCAAUGACGGCAAAUGCACCAUAGCUGGUGGCAAAUGCAUCGUUCGGAGGAGUGGCUCAAAACGUACUUCUCUUUCAUGGAUUCUUGAACCUAAGAGGAUUUUCGUCUUCUUUGCUACCUUAUCAAGCAUGGGAACAAUCCUUCUCAUAUAUUUCACUCUUUCUAUCACCAAACCCCAACCGGGUGGCAAUUCCCCUUGAUCUUGAACCAUCAAGUUGCAUUCAUGUUCGGACAUUGAAACACACCCAAUUAGUCCUCCAUAAUGCCAAAGAAAAUCAUUUCUUUGAGAUCUAG